ACAUUAGACAGAAUUUGAUUUGAUUUCAAAAAGGCUACUGCGGCAGCUUCAUUUGAAUCAAAGUGCGCUCCAACGUUCAAGUAACAAUUAGGAUCCUCGUGAUUCAUCGAACGGUCACAAUUCUCCAUGUGAUUCUCUUUAAACUUCAUUUUUCUAUGAAAUUAGAUUUCUUUAUGUUUUCCCGGCCUUCAAUAAUAAACCAUUAAAAUAAAAUAUAAAAAAAAGGCAGCAGCUUCUUUUUCUGUUAUGUCACUGUAUAAAUAAGGCAGACCCUUGUUUCAGUUUUCUUUGCAACCGCGUUAUAAUUCUCACAAUCUUUUUCCUAACCAUCAUUAUACCUUCCUGUCUACGUGAAGGAAUUCUUUAGAAAGAAUAAACCACCAUGUUUACUUUGCACCUUUUCCUACUUUUUUCAUGCUAAGAUUAUUUUUCUCUUCUUUUUCCCAUUCAAAGUUCCCCCUGUCAGAUCCCCAACUUCUCAACAUUUUUUUUUUUAUUCUAUAUAUUCUAUUACCUACAUCUCUCUUCUGAUCAACCCCCAUUUCCCAAAAUGCAGAUCCUCACAUGGGUUUUUAACCUUUUUUUCCUCUAUUCCCUUUCACUUGCUCAGACAACAACCCCACUGCACACUCCGGUUUGCUCACAGACAGAUAGGGCCGCUCUUCUUGGCUUCAAAGCUAGAAUCUUGGUAGACACUACUGACAUUCUUUCCUCGUGGCGAGGGACAGAUUGCUGCGGAGGAGAUUGGGAAGGCGUUCAGUGCGAUCCUGCGACUGGGAGGGUAACUGCUUUGGUGCUGCAGGGACCUGAGAGGGAUAGCAGCCGUUACAUGAGGGGCUCUCUGUCACCCUCUCUGGCUAGUUUGUCUUUCUUAGAGGUUAUGGCGAUUAGUAGCAUGAAGCAUAUUGCAGGUCCUAUUCCUGAAAGCUUUUCGACUCUGACUCGUCUAACACAAAUGAUCCUCGAAGAUAAUUCUCUUGAAGGGAACAUUCCAUCUGGUUUGGGGCAUUUGUCUAACCUCAACACCCUCUCACUAAACGGGAACCGUUUGGGUGGGCAGAUUCCUCCAAGCAUAGGGAAUUUGGAAAGGCUUCAAAUAUUAGGAAUUGCCAGAAAUUCCUUAACAGGUUCUAUUCCAAUCACUUUCAAAAAUCUUCUUGCUUUGCAAACUCUUGAGCUUAGUUUCAAUUUGUUGUCCGGAUCGAUUCCAGACACUCUGGGGCACUUCGAAAAUCUUACCCUCUUCGACUUAUCCAAUAACCGAUUGACAGGGCAGAUACCCACUUCCCUUUUCAACCUGGCUAAACUUCAGGACUUGUCCCUGGACCACAACCAACUGACAGGAAAAAUCCCGAACCAGAUUGGUAGCCUGAAAUCACUUACCCAUCUUUCUUUGAGUUCUAAUAGGCUUACAGGUCAAAUUCCAGAGUCCAUUUCAAGAUUACAAAACCUUUGGUACCUUAAUUUAUCAAGAAAUGCACUCUCAGAGCGUUUGCCAAAUAUCCAAGUCAGGGGACUUCCUUCUCUAUUGUCAGUAGACCUGUCCUACAAUAAUCUCAGUUUAGGGACAAUUCCUAAUUGGAUCCUAGACAAAGAACUUUCAGAUGUUCAUCUAGCUGGCUGCAAACUUGGUGGAAACCUUCCAAAAUUUGCAAAGCCAGAUUCUUUGAAUUCCAUAGACCUGUCUGAUAACUAUUUCACCGGUGGCAUUUCUGGUUACUUCACCAAUAUGUCUAGUUUGCAGAGGCUUAAGCUCUCAAACAACCAACUGAAAUUUGAACUUUUGGAGAUCCAACUGCCAGAUGGGAUUUCCUCAGUUGACCUCCAAUCAAAUCGAAUUACUGGGUCUUUGUCAAGUAUAUUAAAUAACAGGACAAGCAGCUUUUUGGAGGUCUUAGAUGUUUCACGCAAUCAAAUAUCUGGCACUGUUCCAGAAUUUACUGAAGGAUUGAGCUUGAAGGUCCUGAACAUUGGAAGCAAUAAGAUUGGCGGCCACAUCCCUGGUUCUGUCUCAAACUUGAUUGAGCUAGAAAGGUUGGAUAUCUCUAGGAAUCAUAUAACGGGCACCAUCCCAACAAGCCUUGGGCUCACAUCAAAUCUUCAGUGGCUUGACCUAUCUAUAAAUGAACUCACAGGGUCAAUCCCAGCUACCUUGUUGGGAAUUAAAAGUCUAAAGCAUGCAAAUUUCAGAGCCAACAGACUUUGUGGAGAGAUUCCACAGAGGAGGCCUUAUAACAUCUUCCCAGCAAGUGCUUAUGCUCACAACCAGUGCCUAUGUGGCAAACCUUUGCCACCAUGUAGAGGGAAAAAGCAAGAGGAGGGCCAGUGACAUGCUGACUCGAUCAUCCUAGGUCACAAGCUCAAUAUCAAAUUAGCAUUGCCUAGCAUGGAAGCAACAUCCUGUGUUGUCAGCAACAGUUCACAAAAGUCGAAUUUUUUUCAUAUUCUCAUAAUUUCUGUAGCCAUUUUUAAUAAUGCACAUGAUUAUUGAAGAAACGUAAACUUCAAUUAACAGAAAGAGCCCCAUUUCAAUGUAUGAUAGUAGACUGUUGAAGCAAAAAGUUUGAUGAGAUUUUACCA